AUGAGUAAAAGAUUUUUACUUAGAAAAGGUAGAAACAAAGUAGUCACAGUUCGAGGAGAACAGUCUUAUAAGACCGAUCUUGGAGAGUAUACGUCCGUAUUUAAAAAAGGACAGACAGUAAGCAGCAUUAUACAGUCUGAAGUACCUCAUGGUGUUAUGCCCAAUCAGGCGAAACUUAACGACGUAAAGGUUCUAAUAGAAAAACACUGGGGUAAGGAAUGGCAUGCGUUAGAGAAUCUGCAGUACUACAGUGAAGUUCUAAAGAAGUAUGAUGAAUCUCCCCUCGUUGACAGCGCGGAAGUUGAGGCUGGAAACUUAUGUGAACCAGUUGAGGAAAUUCCCGAUUUAGUGGUCUAA